AUGAGCGUCGUGAACCAGCUUUGCCGUUACCUCAGCCUGUUGAUUUGGCACCCCAUCGUUACCGUACAGAAGUUUCUCGAGUAUUGCGCUUAUAUCUUCAGUGACGCCUCACCAGACAGUGUUUUCCAACCACCGGUUAUGUGGAUACAACGAACAGCUGAUGCCUACUUAAAGUUCCAUGGUGUAUCUGUACUAGAUGUGCAGAAAAUCCCUGAUGACGGGCCUGUUAUGUUCGUGAUGAACCAUCAAACAUACGCGUUCGAGGUACCCAUCUUCAUGUCUAUUCUGUACCUUCGAACAGGGCGCUGGCCCCGAGGGCUGGCUGAUCAUAUGCACUGGUAUUGUCCGCACAAAGUGAUACUUGUGUAUUUUGGGGCCAUCCUGGGAACAAGAGAGGUCACUAGUGCUCACAUGCGCAACAAGGAUGAUAUUAUUGUGUACCCUGGCGGAGCCAACGAGGUUAUGAGGUUAAGAAAUGCUGGUAAAUAUAUUCUAACCUGGGGCGAACGUACG